AUGGAUUUCGAGACGGCAGUAUGGGAAAUGACCCAUUUACUUAUUGCGCCUAAGAAAGUGUUCAAAUCCAUAUUCUACCAGAAGCAAAUGCGAAAUUCAUGGCAUCGACCCGAUCCCGCCUUCACCUACCUCCUCUCCUUCUUUCUCCUCCUCACCUCGUUCGCCUGGUCUCUCGCCUACACUCCUCAUGUGACUAGUGUCCUCAAGCUCGCCUUCAUGUUCGUUUUCGUUCACUUCCUCCUCGGCUCUCUACUUCUCUCUACCGCCUUCUACUUCCUCGUCGGCCGUUACUUAGGCCCAGGCGUGGCCGGUCUGCCUGGCCGUCGGCGCCAGCAAGGACUCUUUGGUCCUUCUGGUAGCACAUCUGGCGAAGCGCUGGAGUUUGGGUACUGCUUCGACGUCAGCACGCGCGCCUUCUUUCCACCCUAUGUCCUGCUGUAUAUUGUACAGUACAUCCUCAUGCCAGCGAUCGAUCACAAGAAUAGCGCGAGUGCGUUUUUGGCCAAUUCGCUAUAUCUGGUCGCGGGAGUAUACUGGAGUUUAAUCACGUUCUUAGGCUUCAACAGUUUGACGUUUUUACAUCACACUCAGCUUCUGCUGGCGCCUAUAGGAGUAUUUACGGUUUUAUGGUUGGCGUUUACAGGACUGGGGGUCAAUCUGGAGAGGUGGGGAAUCGGUUGGAUGUUUUGGGGAGUCGACAUAUCGAAGUGA